AUGAAUAAUUCAUAUGCUUUGAAAGCCAUUGAAACUCCUUUUGCGAAAUUGACCUUGUAUUAUAUUUUAGCACUUAACAUUUCGCCCAACAUAAUGAUACUCAAACUCGAACAAAAGUCGUUUUUCAUUCCAUACUUUCGUUAUGACUUUUGGGAUCAGACGAUUCUUAAUGCUUCAGAAGCUUUACAAAGGUAA